AUGUCGUUGCACAAAGUUCGCGAAGCUACUGUCGAAGAGCUGAUGGCCGAAAGAGAGUCUGAGGAGUUCAAAGCUGCUGAGAAAGCCGUCAUCGACCUUAUUGGUGAAGGUCGCGUCAAGUUGCUGCGCAAGCUCUGCGAAGAAGCAGUUGAGCUGAGCCAGCACACAGAUCGCAAUGGUAUUCUUAAGGAUGGAGUUUUGGAGGAAUUCAACAAGAAGGUUGGUUUAUUUUGAUUCGUUUUCUUGGCUUAUAGGAUGGAUAAUAUCGAAGAGAAGUUAAUAAGUUUAGAUGUUUCUGUGGACUAGUUUGCUUAUAAAAUAAGAUUAGGUGUAGAUCUACGAUUUCAGAUGGUUUUCAUUAUUAUUUGCACGUUUUCGAGGCAUGAAUUAGCUCAUUUGCAACGUUAACAUCUGAAAUAGUUAUGAGUUGGGUGAUAUCGAUGAAAAAUGGGAUAAUAUUGCAUUCUUUAAUCUUAAUCUUUUAAAGUUAAGUCAAUGUCGAAACUACAAUUUUCAAACCGUUUUUUUUAAAUUUUAUUUGAUAUCGUUUAAAUUUCGAGAUUGCAGAUGGAUGAACACAAACUGACUGAGUGCGAGGUCGCUUGCGUCACUUACUACAUCAACGAUGGUAUUCAACGGACUUUGGCCGAGCUCAAGAAGAUGGACGGUCACAGCCAACGUGCCAAAGACUCCACGAAUCCGCCCGGAGAAGCUCGUAUGGAGGCACUGAUUGAAAAUGAGGAGCACGUGGGCGAACGUGAAAGUGACGACUCAGGUUGCUGCGAUAGCGAGCCAUCCACUUCUGGCGAAGUAUUAUACAAUUAA